AUGUCUGAAGCCUCUGAAGCAGAUUAUCAUUCUUCAAGUUUUGUCCAUUCAGUAUCAGGAGCAAGCCGGCUUCUUCCUUCUGCUAAUCGUUGGAAUUCGAUUGAGCUUGACUUCACUCUUCUUCCUCAAUCUUCGACUAGAUUCGAUUCCCUCCCUUCACGAUUCUCAAAAUCAUUUGAUUUCAAUCUCACAAUCACCCUGUUUUUAAUAAAGUUCGCAAAUAUUUAUGUUUCAAUUUUUAUACUUGUUUUUAUUCCUGUUCUGGUUCUGCUUUUGCAUUUCUUGACACAUAAGAAACACGAGGAUUCCCCUUCCAGGAAUCUUACAGUUGCUUUGAACCGAGCUCUUCUCUUCUUCGAUGCACAAAAGUCUGGUCAUUUUCCAGGAGAUAGUUCAAUAAAAUUUCGUGGAGAUUCAGGAUUAAAUGAUGGAAAAGCUGGCAAUAUAAAUGCAAGUCUUGCAGGUGGAUUUUAUGAUUCAGGAAACAAUAUAAAGUUUAGCUUUACCACAGCAUAUACUGUCACUCUUUUGAGCUGGAGUGUGAUUGAAUAUCAUAAAAAAUAUGCUGAUAUUGGAGAGCUUGAUCAUAUCAAGAACAUUAUUCAAUGGGGAAGUGAUUAUUUGCUCAAUGUGUUUAUUCCUUCAAACACAAGUGAAAGUUCAAUCAUAUAUUCUCAAGUUGGUGGGGUUGGAAGUGACAAAAAUGCAGACAACGAUGUAAAUUGUUGGCAAAGACCUGAAGACAUGAAAUAUACGAGGCAUGUUUCAGUUUGUGACGAUACAGCCUCAGACUUAGCAGGUGAAAUAGUUGCAGGAAUGUCAGCAGCAUCGUUAGUUUUCGCAGAAAAUAAAGCAUAUUCGCGAACAUUAGUUCAAGAAGCAGAGAAGUUAUUUAAUUUAGCUACUCACCAAGAUCCUUCUCAUAAGCCAGGACUUUACACUGCAAAUGGUAACUGCGGAAUUCGAGCACAAGAUUUUUAUAACUCGUCGAGUUAUAAGGAUGAAUUGGUUUGGGGAGGCACCUGGUUGUUCUUUGCCACAGGAAACAGUACUUAUCUUAAAUAUGCUACUGAUAAUUUUUAUUCAGCAGAGGAUGAAGAAUUGUUCAAGGAUAAAGGGAUUUUUUAUUGGAAUAACAAACAGACUGCUAACGCGAUUCUGCUUACAAGAAUCAGAUUUUUCAUUGAUCCUGGUUAUCCAUAUGAAGAAGCUUUGUCUACAAGCAGGACUGAUUUGACAAUGUGUUCAUAUCUUUCUAAUAAACAGUUCAGCAUGAGUGAAGGAGGAUUGAUUUUGCAAAAACCAGAUAGUGCACCACUUCAGUAUGCUGCAACUGCAUCUUUUCUUAGCAAAUUGUACAGUGACUAUCUUGAACUUUUACGACGAAAUAGAGGCACUUGCAACACUGCUAAUUUUACCCUUGAAAUGCUGCGAGAUUUCUCCAUGUCGCAGGUUGAUUACAUACUUGGCAAUAACCCAAUGAAGAUGAGCUACGUGGUAGCGUAUGGUGAUCAUUACCCGAAUCAAGUUCACCACAGGGCUGGAUCAAUCCCAGUUGGUAAAUGGCACUCCUGUGCAGAAGGGAACCAAUUUCUGAAUUCAAAAGAAAAAAAUCCAAAUGUGCUUAUAGGAGCCAUGGUAGGAGGACCUGACAAAAACGACAUUUUCUUGGACGAAAGAGACAAGCCCAAGUUUACAGAACCUAGUAUCUCAAGCAAUGCUGGUUUAGUUGCUGCACUUGUUGCACUUCAUAAUUCUCCUAGCGAAUCUUCUGAUUUUUAUGAUAAUUUGGGCAUAGACAAAUUGGGCAUUUUUCAGAAUGUACAUUUAAUUUGA